AUGUCAAAAUAUAGUGAGAGUCCCGAUGCCCAUAGCAGCAACGGAGUAAAUAAGAAUAGUCCGACAGAUAAACCUAGGAAGAAAAAGAGAACGCUAGGCAGCUUUCCAUGUCCAGAUUGUGAUAAGGUAUUUACAAGAUCGGAUCAUCUAGCACGGCAUCAUUUGAAUCAUGAACCAAAAGAGCUAUUUGAAUGUGAAGCUAUUAUCGAAGACUACGGAGGUAACAAGAGAAAAUGUGGUAAGACAUUUGUUCGUAAGGACUUGAAAGAACGCCAUGCUAAAAGACACCUGGAACUUGCUAAUAAAAACUAUCCAAAAAGUGUCAGAUCUAGUUUUUCCAAUCCAUCGAAAAGCAGUGUCUCGCCUCAGGCUUCGCCUGGGGAAUCACCUAUCAUACUUCCUAACUACCAGACACAGUCUCCAUUGCAAAUAUCUAAUUUGAUACAUGGCGUCAAUCAUGCAGAACAUACACAUAAUGGAACGGGUUCUCAUUUACCGCCUGUCAAUAGCUCAUUAAACAAUACAAUAGGCAAUCAGGUUCCCAUAAAUCCCAUUAAAGAUGCAAGAUUCCCUCAACAAGAACCGAGGAAUUUUAAUGGAAGACCACCGUAUAUCCAUCCUCAGAACAAUGCGAUGGCUUCUCAUAUACAAGAUAUGUACGCCGAUCAGUAUAAAGUACCCAAUUUUGGUAAUAAUAUACCUCAGUCACAAAAUGAUAUUUUAUCGUGGUUGUUUACUGAAUCACCCGAAAAUAUGAUCGUUACACCAGGAUCAGAAAAUAUGAAGCGGGAAAGCUUGAAAGGUGUCAACCAAAUUGACCCAAGCCCGAACAAUAUUCAUUCUCAAGUUCAUCUUAAUUCAGGCCCGGUAUUUGAUAAUACUGUAAAGGGCCAUAUUCCUUCUCCAUAUAGUGGCUCGCAAUUUUCUCCUAUUGGUGACCACAUACAACAACAGCAUAUUCAACAACAACAAAUAAAUAAUCAACAUAUACAACAUCAAGUACCACAACCGCAUGUCCCUCAGCAGCAAGUUCCUCAGCAAGAUAACCAGUAUAAGGAAGAAGUGUUGGCUCCAUUUUAUCAUAAUGAUUAUCAAAAUCCACAAGCCAAUAUUCAAUCGAUGAAUAAUUAUGGAAUGCAAGACGUAAAUAUAUUUUCGAACGAUGAUAACCCUCUAGACGAAGUUUUCUUAAGAAAUUACCAAGCUCAGUCAGUUAACGGAAGCGAGCCAUUGUUAUCGGGAUUAAAUUAUAAGUUUAAUAUGAGUUCAACAGGAUCCUCUAAUUCGCCUACCACUACUAAUGAAUCCACAUCUCCAGUGUUAACGAGUGACCUACAGAACAGCCCAAUUUCAGGGGACCAGAAUAGGAAAUCUACAGUUGCAUCUUUGCAAAAGUUCUUGAUGCCAGACAAAAAUAAUAUUGAAAAGAACAAGCAUAUUUUCAUUAAUUCCCUCCUUGUCGAUAAAUUAAUAAAGUCUUUACCCACCGUUUCAAGGAAGAUGAUUGAUGAAAUUUUUGAACAGUCAGACACUGGUAAUGAAGAUUAUAGUAUAGAGAAUAGGUUUUCUUAUUAUCUAUCUACCUAUUGGUCUAUUUUCCACCCCCAGUUUACAAUUCUUCAUAGACCAUCCUUUGAUACAAAGACAGCUGAGCCCCUAUUACUUUUGCCCAUGAUUAUAGUUGGCUGUAAUUAUUGCACGUCAUCAGAUAAAUCAAACGAUAAACAACGAAGAAGAAAGAAGUCUCCUGAGUUCAAGUUUUGCCUUAGUAUUGCCACCCCUUUGAGAUUCAUGAUCUUUCAACAUGAAGAUUUUAAAUCACCUGUCAAGGUAUGGAUUUUGCAAAGUUUGAAUAUAUUGGAGUGGUGUGAAAAAAACUUUCUUCUGAGAAGAUUGCACGAGAGAGGGCAUAUACAUCAUGGAACCACCGUACAGCUAUUGCGAAGAUCGCCUUUGUUGGGUGGGAAUCCAGCAACCACUACUAAGAAAACAAAUCUGACAAGCGGUUCCAACACCAGCGCGGAUGAAUCUGAUACACCAAAUGAUAUGUCAGUAGAUAAUAAUGAUACUACGGAUUAUGAUUUAUUUGUGAAAUGGGUGGAAUCCGAAUCAAUGAAAAGGAUUACAUUUAUGACAUUCUAUUUGGACAUUAUUGAUUACAUUAAGUUCCGCCAUAAUCCUCAAAUUAUGUUCUAUCAAUUACAACUUCUAAAUUUACCAUGUGAUGAUGAUCAUCUUUGGGAAUCCACAGAAGUGAAUGGAUCCUUUAGAAAAAUUGUGAAGAGACAGAAAAAGUUACAGAAACCAAAUCAAGACCGACAAAAUGGAGAUCUAUUGAAGAAAAGAAAAGAUCUGAAUAACAAUUACCCUCUAAAGAUAAGGAAUGGGGAAAGCUUUUUAAAUGUCCUUAAGAAAUUGUUGAAGCCAUAUAAAACGCCGUCUAGCCAAGAAAAUAAAGCUGAACUCAAGUUAUCGCUCUUCACAAGGAAGGUUCUAUUUGCUGGGUUAUUUUCGAUCAUGUAUCAAAUGCAGCAAACUGAUUUACAAAAUAGCUCGUCUUUGUUAACUAAUAUUAAUGGAAAUAAUAAAUCCCAAGGAUUUGUAUUAUGGAAAGAAGUAUUGUCCAAGGCUUUUGAUAAUUGGCAUCUUGAAAUCAAUGGCAACUGUUGUUCAGAGGUCUUCAAGACUCCAUCAAAUACUCUGGACUGUAUUAUUAAAUCACAGUGUCAAUUUCCAAUGUAUCAUUUAACUCAGAUAAUAGGCAUGGCUGAUAUCAAUCAUUACGAUAUAGCAAUAUUUGGUGGGUCUCCAGCAAAUAUGAGUGUAAGUGCUACAAUGAAAGAUCAUGCCAUUGUUCAGAAUAAACUCAAUAGCAUUUGGUUAAAGAAUCCCCAAACCAAGAGAUCAACUAUUGAUUUAGUAAACUUAAAGAGUAUUAUCCAUUGUUAUUUGUUAUUGUGGGAAUUGAUGUUAAAACCAUUGAAUGUGAAUGAGAAAACUUCUAACGUUGAAUUCAUAGAUUGGAACGUGGACGACGAUUAUUUUGAUGGCAUGUAUGCAGUGGGGAUUGCAACAUUAGUAUUAUGGAGUUUCGCUUUUUCAACCUGUGGAAUAGAGUCCCAAAGGUUUAUUGAAUUAGAUGAUUUGAAGAAGGUUUCAAGUGAAAGAUACGAAGAUUUAGUAGAGUUAAGUGCGGAAGGAUGUUACGAAUACUUGCAACGGAUUAGACAAGAAUUUUUGACCAAUUUGAGAAAGGAUAAUCUACAUAACGAAUAUAGCAUCCAUCCAUUUAAAUUAAACAACAGAUUACAUGCUCCGCAUGAAAUCAUUAGCAAAUACUGUGAUUUAUUACCAUUUAUAAGUAACAAGCAAAAUAUUAGUGGGUUGUGCUUCUUAGUUGGCACAAAAUUGUUGAGUAGUCAAUGGGAUAUAAUUAGGGAAAACGGAAAGUUGAUAUUAAAUUGUGGGUUCAGAUCACUUGGAAAAAGGAAUAUUCUUUGUUUAGACCUAUUUGACGAAUUGUCUGAUUGA